UUCCCUCCCUCUUUAAAGCCUCCCUUCCUUUUCCCUUCAAGCUUCCCUUCACAACAGGUAUCUUCCGGCUUCCUCAGAAUGCCCUCACAGAAUGUCCUCCCUCCCUCCUUGAAGCCUCCCUUCCUCCUCCCUUCAAGCUUUACUUAUGGGUAUCUUCCGGCUUCCGGAGUAUGCCUCCGUAAACUUUUUUACUUCCGCGCUUUGUCUUGCGCUUCAUGUUCUGUUGCGCUUUUAUCACCUUUCCGUUUACCUCUCUGAAAUGGGGUAGAUCGUCUUCUGUGAUAGAACCCAUCCCUUGUGGAUAGGAUCUUCCCAAUAAUAAUCCAACACUUCUUUUUAUGUACAAUUUUCCUAGCUCUAAGAGUGUACAAAAAUAGAGGUCUGUUUAUUAUAACAAAAAAAUGAUUUUUAAAUUUUUAAUAGGAUUUAUCUGGACUAUUGAAAUGUGAUUUUAACAUAAAAUACCUAUGUUGACAGAUUUAUCAGAACCUAACAAAACGUUUAUUUAUUUUUGUUAAAAAAUAUUUUUUUAAUUUUAUAUAAACACUUUUUAAUCCUCUUGCAUAUUUUCUCUUUUCUCGACAGCUGUCACUUUACAUGUUAAGCCCCACGUGGUCAUAAUACAUAUUAUCCUCUUUUAAGUCUUUUUUUGAGAAUUUAGGCAUAAAAAUCAAAUCCUAGUUUUUGUUUUGAAAAAUUUUCUGAUUAAAGUUAAUCAGAAAAUUUUUUAAUUAUUUAAUAAAAUUAUCAAAAUCCGACCAUUUUUCGUAAUUAAUUUUAUUUUUUCUCAACCUCAUGCUCUCACCCGUCCUCAUAUUUCCCAAGAUCCUAGCCCUUUGAAUUUUUUACCUAAUUUUAACACAUUUAUUCCAAUAGAAAGGCUUUCCUUUGUAUUCUCUCGUUCUUUACCUUCACGACGCCUUUCUAUUGGAGAGUACCGUUCUUAUUAUUC